AUGAAAAGUUUUAUCACUUUAUCAGUUGUCAUUGCCUCCCUCUUCUAUCAAUCGAGUGGAGCACAAUUGAAGAUUAAAGCAAGAAAUCAAGUUAAGGUAUAAUCAAAAGAUUUCUUAAAGGCAGGUUAAUUUCUUGGACUUGAUCCACUUCCUUCAGACAGAUCUCAAGUAAGUGGAGGAAUCUCAGCUACAAAAACACUAGGUGACUAUGAUACUUUCUCAGUUUACUAAUCAUUGAAUGAGGUAGGAAACUUGUUUUGCGAUGCAAUUGACUGCGACAAUUAAGAAAGAGAUGGUUAUAAGGACCUUUUGAAAAUUCAAUAUAAUGCGCAUGUUGAACUUGGCACGGAGGCAGGUUAUAUGAGUAAUCUAGCACCAGUGAAAAAAUUCUAUUCAGAAAACUUAAUUACCAUGAUUGCCGCUUAACCAGCUGAUUCAAGGGCCGCAUAUAAAAAGACUUUUACUAAUUAGAUCAGAUCUACAAUAGAUAAUCUCAAGAAAAAUGGCAAAUUAUGA